AAUCUGUUAUGUUUACAGAACAGUUGGAGUUCAGAAGUCAUCCAUACACAGCAAGUCGCUACAGCAAAGAGAAGCGGAAUAUGCAGAGGCCAGACUGCGAAUAUUUGGCCGCCUUCCACCAGAUGGUAAUAAAAAUUCAUCAUCACAUCCUCAGAGGAAACAAACACAUGUACUCAUCUACAGCCAAGUCCAAGUCUAGCCCAGAUGCUUCGUUUCAAUCCCUACAAAACAAGCCUUAUAACCAGCCUCGACCUCCAAGCUCCUCUGGGCACUCCCUACAGAACAUGCCCUAUAGCCAGCCUCGACCUCCAAGCUCUUCUGGGCGCCCUUCUAGUGCUUCCAUCAGAGCCGCAUCCACCAGAAGACAGCAUCCUUCACAGGCGUCCUCCCAUCUCAGUACUGAAGAGUUGCCAGAUAAACCUGUUGCACGGCCACCUUCGUCGUUCUCAAAGUACCGACCCCUGCCUGCCAUCGGAACUCCAAUUCCAGUGGAAGAGAUGGACACAUUACCCCUUGAGAUAAGCACUGUCAGAAUCUCACACGUACAACCAAAACUACAGCACAAUCCUCAACAACAUAGCAGACGCCAUGAAACAUUGCCGGCAAAAAAGAAGUCAGAUACGGCAAUCGGAACUUCCAAAGACAUACCUGCGAUGUCCGAAUAUUCUGUUUCGUCAACUAGAACCAGCUUUAAAUCGCAGAAAACAUCAGACAUAAAUGCUAGCAUUGAAUUUAUCGAGAGGUUAGACCUUUCUCAGCUGGAAAAACCAGAAGUGACCUGGAAAAGGAGACCUUCACACUCCGAAUCUUCUCACCGAAAAUCAAAGGCAUCAUUUCACCAUACUCAGAGAAGCUCUGGCGACCUCUACGAUGGCGAUGAUGAUGAUUCAGACUCCAUGCAAUCCUCAGCUUCUGGAUACGACAGCGGUAUAGUUAUCCACAAUCUUGGAACACCCCUGGCCAUGAAGCCAGUUGUUAUACCGAGCCCAGAAAGCCCCGCCUCCCGGGAGGUUUUACUGGCUGUCAAACUACCCACAGACGGAACCAGGCAUCAGAAAUAUUUCAGAAGUAGUGACAUGCUCCAGUCGAUUGUGGAAUUUGCACAGCAGAAAGCUGGCAGGAGUUUCCAUGGAUACGUUCUAGUUGUGGCGACCUCCCCAAAGGUCGUCUUCGUUGACCUUGAGGACACGAUUGAAAAUGCUGGAUUGGAUGAUAAAACUGUCUUUCAUUUAGAGGAGUAUGAAUGGGAAGAUUAA